GCCUAUGCAGCAGGAAAUGUUCACAUGUCAUCACUGUGGAAAACAGCUCAGAUCUUUGGCAGGAAUGAAAUACCACAUCAUGGCAGACCAUAACAACCUGCCAGUUGUGAAGGAAGGAGGUGAAUUAGAUGAGCAGUGUGAACGAGACCGCCUCCGGAAGGUGCUGAAGCGAAUGGGAAAGCUAAAGUGUAUGAGGGAGGGAUGUACAGGCAGCUUCACCAGCAUAAUGGGAUACCUGUACCAUAUGAAAAAGUGUGGGAAGGCGGCCUCUGAGUUGGAGAAAAUGGCCAUGAAAUGUCGUCACUGUGGAAAAGCAUACAAGUCAAAGGCAGGGCUUGUUUAUCACCUUAGGUCUGAGCAUGGGCCGGUCACUUUCCUCCAUGAAGAAGGGCGGCCUGAGAGUCUGAAGGAAAUGACUCUGGAGCCCAGUAGUGCAGGCAGAGUCCAGAGAAAAUCUGCUAAGGUGGCAGUCUAUUACCUUCACGAGCUAGCUAAUGAAGAGCUGGCCAAGGAGUGGCCCAAGAAGAAGGUUCUACAGGACCUAGUCCCAGAUGAUCGGAAGCUGAAAUACACCCGGCCCGGACUGCCCACAUUUAGUCAGGAUGUGUUGUGCAAGUGGAAAUCGGAGAUAAAGAUGUACCGAAGGGUCCACUGUCCAAACCAGGGCUGUGAGUCUGUAUAUGGCAGUGUCUCAGGACUCAAAUCUCACCUCGGCACCUGCACCUUGGGAGACUUUGUGGCUGGGAAAUACAAGUGUCUCCUAUGUGAGAAGGAAUUCAUAUCAGAGAGCGGGGUCAAGUAUCACAUCAACUCUGUGCAUGCUGAGGACUGGUUUGAUGUGAGUACCACUAACAAAAAAAGCUUUGAGAAGCUGAUGAAAAUCCGCCAGAGAGAAGAUGAGCAGAGAAAGCAGAGAAAGAAGCGUAUUGCAGCUCGGAGCAGGAAGAAGAGGCCUGGGACUGUAUCUGCCAAGAAGCUCCUUGGUGCAGGGGCUGAGAGAAGCAGAAGAAGGAUUCCCUGCCUCAGCUGGCUCUUUAGUUUGUUAGAUGAGGAUUCAGUUAGCAGGAUCCGGCACUCAAGAGUACCCUUCAUGUCUCACUGCAAUGAAAGCUUCCACGUCAGCCAAAGUUGCUGGUGCUGAAAUUCACAGCGGAUUCCCUGAGGUGCAUAGGGCACAGACAGGUUUAUUUGUGUGUUUGUUUCUAGCAGUGAUGUUCAUUUACCUGUAUAAUCAAAUUGCCUUUCUGGCUGGGGGUAGGACCCAAGCUCUCCCCAGCCAUGGCCAUUUUACAGAAGCUACACCCUAAUAUGCAUAGAGUGAAGCAAAUUACCCCCACCUCUUGCCUCAUACAAACUAACACCCAUGGCGAUUGUUGGACUCUGCAUGCAAUGCUCUAUUCUGAUCUAGGGGCAGCAGCUGUAUUCCAUGCUGGGACCUGCAGUUGUCAUGGAUUGCAGUGCUGUAUUAAAGAGGCAGGUUUCUGGGCUCUUCUAUAGAGGCUGAGAGAUGUGUGGUCAGAGCAGCAAGAUCAGAACAAAAUGAAAUAAAAUGUCACCAGUGCAAGAAUGUGAUAGUUUCUUUGGUGUAUCGUGUCUUUAGAAUCAUCCUCACUUUUUAGCAGUAUAGGGCAGAAGAGUGCAGAACUGCCUGUCUCUGGACUUGUUGUGGGUGGCAAUAGGACGCAUGCCCUUAAGCACUGAGGCAAAGAGCACUCACUUUCAGUUUUUCAACCACUUCUCUAUCCAGCACUCCAACCCUCCUCACAGCCUGUUGCAUUAAUGUAGGUGAAAUAUGUGGGCACAAAGAGUCAAAGGCAUAUAUUAGGAACACAAAGAAUUCUAACAGUGGUGUUGGUCCAUUCAUAGAUGGAAAUGGUAGAAUUAUCAAUAAUAAUGCAGAAAAGGCUUUGCCACUUUACUAGUAGCUCUGGAGGAUGUUAAACAGCAGCUAUUAAAGUUUGACAUUUUUAAAUCA